AUGCCUCGUGGACAGAAGAGUAAGCUCCGAGCUCAUGAGAAAUUUCACCAUAGCAAAGCUCAGACCCAAAGUCUUAAGGAAACCCAAGUAGCUACUGCAGAGGAAGAGAAGGCCACUUCAUCCUCCUCUCCUGAUUGUGGGGAUAGUCCCUCCAUCUCCGCUGUGGCUGGCAGUCUCCCGGCACCUCCGAGUGUCCCAGCCACCAUCAGUGCCACUGCAGGUGUUUCCUGCAAAAGAUCUGAUGUAAAUGCCAACAGUCAAGUUCAAAAAAGUAAAAAUUCUUCAGAGGCCUCACCUUCCACUGAUAUCUCUUGUCAAGAUCUUCUAACUAGGAAGGCAAGUAUGUUGGUACGGUCCUUGCUAUAUAAGUAUAAAGUGAAUGAGCCCAUUGAAAAGGCAGACAUGCUGAAGAUUGUCCACAAAAGGUACAAAAAGCACCUCCCUGAGAUCCUCAGGAAAGCCUCUGAGUACAUGGAUCUGGUCUUUGGCCUAGAAUUGAAGGAAGUCCAUCCCAACAGCCACUCCUAUACCCUUUUCUUCAACUCAGAUGACACCAGCAUUGGGAGUCUGAGCAGUGCCUGGCGAUUUCCUACAAAAGGGAUUCUGAUGCCUCUCCUGGGGUUGAUCUUCUUGAAUGGCAACCAUGCCUCUGAGAAGGCAGUCUGGGAAUUCCUGAAUAUUCUGGGCAUCUAUGAUGGAAAGAGGCACUUCAUCUUUGGGGAGCCCAGGAAGCUUAUCACCCAAGAUUUGGUGAAGGAAAAGUACCUAGAGUACCGGCAGGUGCCCAACAGUGAUCCUGCACGCUUUGAAUUCCUGUGGGGUUCAAGAGCCCAUGCUGAGACCACCAAGAUGAGAGUGCUGGAGUUUUUGUCUAAGUUCUGUGAUACCAUCCCCCGUGCCUUCCCAUCUCACUAUGAAGAGGCUUUGAGAGAUGAGGAGGAGAGAGCCCGGGCUGUUUCUACAACCAAAGGUGGCACUACUUCUAAGGCCAUUGCGUGCUCCAAGGCCACGUCCAGAUGCAACUCUCACCCUGAGUGA